GAUAGCAGCACCUGUGUUUAAUUACUUAUUCUGUGUUUUUCGCCCAAUCCACUUCAUGUAUUGCUUGUACAGGGUGUUCAGAAAGUCACUGUGCACUGUUCUAAUAUUUACAACAAGGGUUUUAAUACAGCAUCAGUUUAGUCUAUUCCAAGGGAGCAGCUGAUUUAGGUGUUUAGAAACAAAAUUACAAGGGUCCAAGCCUGUAUUGAUGCAAACAGGGGUCAUUUUCAACAUCAUUUAUAUUUGUCAUAUUUACCUCCUGGAUUCUAUACUGAAACAUGUCUGUUAAUAAAUAUGUAAAUGCACAGUGACUUUCCGAACACCCUGUAUAUUGGAGUAAAGAAACAGGUUUAGACACCAUAUAACAGAAGCAAUUUACCUGUGUAUAGUUGUACUCACUUCUUAUUUUUUAUGAUUGUUUGGUAAAUUGCAAAAUGUUAUCAAAUGCAAAGUAAAACCAAUAUUUUUUUUAUAAAAACAAAGUAUAUAUAAUUUUUUUUUGAAAAUGUUUAAAAAAUAAUAUAAAUUCGACUUUAAGUAUCAUUUCAUUCUUUAUUUGCUUCUUUAUCUUCCAACUGUGGCUUCUUAUGCUAUACGGUAUUUAUGUACCGAGCAGUCACCACUGUUGCUGCAGUUAAAGUGCUCACAUUGUAAGGAAUAUGGAAACAAAGCUGUUACCAUUGUGGGUAUGUGUGUCAUUGGAAAAUACACUUAAAAGACUCGACUCCAGACCCAUGGUCACGUAACAGAAAACAAAUCAGUCAUAUCUUUAUUCAGUGUAAUAUGUUUGUGUGUUUCCUUUCAAAUUUUUGUUGUUGUUAUAUAAAUUAGGAGAUAUAACCCCUCAAGUUCAAACAGGGCUCUUGACUCAGUGUGUUGUUAUCAAGUUUUCUAGCGGAUGCGCCGCCGUGUUAACACAAAUACAAAGUAAUCGGCUUAAUAGAACAACCUUUUAUACACCCGUUGACAGUUGUUGAUUUCCUAGUAAAUACUUCAUGUGUAAACACCAGUUUAUGUAUAUAUCGCAACUUUUAUGUGCGGUUUUUGUUGCCGAUUGGACCGUAGGCCAACCGCGCACCGUUUAGGUAUUAGGACAUGUAAGUAUGUUUAGGUUGUAACCGUUCGCUGUUAAAUGUUAUUGUUUUAUUUUAAUAAAAAACUCUUGACAAAUAUUUUAAACACCCACAAUAACAAACGCCGAUCGUGACAGCACGAGCCUGCCACACCUUGUAUUGUUACGAAGUUAUACAACCUCUAUUAGAAGUUGUUUGCAUACAAAUGUAUGUAGCGAUUUGUAAAUCUGUUAGUCGUUAUAAAAUAACUUAGAAAUGUCAAAAAGUAAGCAAAAGAAGAAUAAAACAAAGGAAGACCCGAAUUUGCCCGCCUACGAGAAUCCACCGUCUUGGAUCCCGCCACAAGAACGAAGAGACAACCCCCAAUAUAACAACAAUUUAAUAACUUUUCUCCCGAGAACAGUUUCAAUAAAACGAACGGGAAAUCAACCUCUUGGGUUUAAUAUAAGAGGCGGGAAGAAGGACGAAUAUGGAGUUUAUGUGUCUAAGGUGCUGAAGGGUUCAGAUGCAGACAAACUUGGUUUAAAAUCGGGAGAUAAAAUAUUGAAAGUAAACAACACAAGUUUUGAAGACAUUGGUCAUGAUGAGGCUGUUUCACUUUUACAAAAGUCGGACGAUCUUCAACUUGAAGUUCGGUAUUUCCCAUAUGGUUUUAAUCUUCAACAAGAACGAAUCGGUCUUGUAUAGAUCUAACAUUUUGUUUAAAAUGGUUUGCAGUGAGACAUAGUUGAUACGUACAAAUAUUGAUGGUAACUUAUGCACUUACUAGUUCUGCUAACUCAAUGUUAGAAAUGCUUGCACUCGAAAAAAUUAAAUUAAUAUUUUAUUUGAAUCAUUCCAACAUUAAAGCAACAAUGUUCUGUUACAUUUAAUACCAGGCAGAAUGUAAACAAUCUUUCAAUGUCUUAUCUGGUAUAAAAAAACAUGGUGUAUUUCUGACGUUUCGUCGGUCACAGCAACGUCAGAAAGACACCUCGUUUUUUUAUACCAGAUCAGCCAUUGAAAGAAUAUUUAGAGCAACAAUCCUACAAUAUUAGUCUGUUUAAAUUUUGUCCCCAACUCAUAAACUGCAACUUGUGUUCAGUGUUCCAAUUAACUUUGUGCCAAAUGUGAUGUUUAGUACAUUUUUUACUUAUAUCUAAUUGUAUAGUAUUUUGUUAAAACUGUUAAGGGGCAAACCAACAAAAACAUCGAAAUUUGUGAAUGAAUAAAAAUGCCUAAAUGUGAUUUAAAAGUACCACUAAAGUUUCAAAAUGUGUGCAAAACCUGCAAAAUUUUUUUGAGCUUUUUGCGUUUUUUUAGAAGCUGUUUAAAAUUUUAAAACUUUGAUGGUACCUUUUAAUCACAUUUGAGCAUAUCUAUUUAUGCACAAAUUUCCCUUUUUUUGGUAUACCCUUUAAAAACUCAUUAGAUAAUUAUUGCUUAAUUCCAAACUACACGAAACAAACUUGUUAUAUUAGAUAGAUUAUCAAUGACAAUCUUAUUAUAAUUUUUAUUUACCUUUUAUAAAAACAUUCGUUAUUUUGCUGCUGGUCACGACUUUAACAAGCUUCAUAUAACAGUUUAUAUUGUUUAUCAGGUUUAACACCUAAGUAUUCAUAUUACACUUUUUUAUGCUUUUGUAUGUUUUUUACAGUAUAUACUUUAUUCCAUUCUAAUCCAUACUAAUAAAAUAGUAUUUGUGUUUUAAUUUAUACACUGUCUGUUCUUUGGUGCGCGCAAAGAAAAUUAUUGCUUUCUGUUUAAUUGAUUAAAUUAAGCAAAAAA